AAUAAUUCGGCCAAAUCUGAGGGAAAGGGAGCUCCAGCAACUCCUCAUCAAGUCCAAGCUUGGAGGAAGUGGGAGGCAAGCAAAAUUUCAGUGGAAACUAGCUAGGAAGAAGGAGUCGAAAUCGCCGGAAACCGCCACUUUAAGGGAGCUGCUCGUUUCUGCAGAACACGAAAGCCGCCCGGCUUUCGUGAAAGCCGCCCGGCUUUUGCCCAGGCAGUCAAGUUUUGCCUUUCAAUCGGCCUAGAACGAGGAUUGAUCGAGGGGGCGUAACAAAGGCAACUAUUGUAGCACAUCACGAGUUGAUCAUCUGAUUAACAAUGCUGGGAUAUCUUCAAUUUUAUUGUUUGAAGAGAUCGAGGAUCUCACUUCUCUUCGGCCCGUUAUGCUCCUCAUCUCAGAAAGAGCAACGGCAGAAUUGUCGUGAUAUCAUCAUCCGCGGCAUGGUUAUCCUCGCCCAGAAUGAGCAUUUACAACGCAAGUAAAGCAGCAAUGUCCGAGUUUUUUGAAACAUUGAGGGUUGAAUUCGGAUCGAAUAUAAAAAUAACUACAGUGACUCCUGGAUUUAUAGAGUCCGAACUUACUCAUGGAAAGCACUUGGAUAACACCGGCCGGUUAGACGUUAACAGCCAUUUGAGGGAUGUGCAGGUGAACAUAAUCCCUAUAGGGAGGGUGGAAGCGUGCGCCAAGGCAAUCCUGAACAGUGCUUGCCGGGGGGAGAAGUAUCUGACCCACCCACCCUGGUUCAAAGUGACCUAUUGGUGGAAGCUCUUCAUACCUGAGAUGGUGCACUAUUACCAUAUGCUGCUUUUCAUGACCUUUCCAGGCCGAAGUACUUCGCCACUCGGCAAGAAGAUACUGGAUUUCACUGGCUGCCGGGAAAUCCUCUACCCAAAAUCACUCCUUGACUCUAC